CUAGCGAAAGUCAGUUUGCGGAAAUUGAUUUCGCGUAACAAUCGACAUGGAUAUCAUAUUGGGUGACCUUGGGAAUGGUGGUUUUGAGAAUACUAGAAACUACACACUGGUAAUGGCCAUUGCUUGGACAAUUAUUCAUGCUUUUGGAAAUUAUACUUCAGCGCCCUUGGUUAUAUCCCAGUAUGCGAGCAAGCGUCAGAAUCACGCUUACCAAGCGCAGCUUAUCGACGCCUUAAUGGUAUAUUUGCAGCGUCGGCACUAUCGUAUCUUCCUUAUGGAACAGCAAACGCUAUUUGGCAAUGAGUCACGCUCUGACUGGGGGGAUUUUUCAGAAGCUGCAAUUUGGUUUAUCGACAGCUGGAACUCCUUUGAGGCGCUAGCGAUGGGUUUGGAAGAUUCAAAGAGCACAUACAAACGCAGUGGUUUGUUUGUACUCGUCUACACCGGCAACGAAAGCGAACGCUUAACAACAGUUAAACGUAUAUUCACCCGCUUUUUCGAACUUUUCGUUAUAAAUGUAAACAUUUUCUUGCUAAUGGACACAACUGCAUUUGCCUACACCUAUUUCCCAUUUACGCCGAACAAAUGUCAUUCGCCCUAGCCCGACCUAGUGCUAUCGUUUCGCAACAACCGCGCAAAGUUCAAACCCAAAAGUCACCAAAGAUUUUUCCCCCCUAAAGUGCGCAAUUUGCAUGGCUGUGAGUUGGCUAUAGUGACUUGGCACGCACCACCAUUUAUAAUUUUGGAUCAAGAUCCGGAUAGCGGUCGGAUCAAAUCGGUCGAAGGUAUUGAGGGCUUGUUGAUUACCAUUUUAGCGCAAGUCAUGAAUUUUACUAUAAAAAUUGUGGAUCCACAACCUCGGGAUCGUGGAGCUAUUUAUGAAAAUGGAACACUUACCGGCGUCACAAAAAUG